AUGGCCCAACCCAGCUCCCUAACCGGGCCCCCUCUGCUUUUCGCAAACUCCUUCCCCUCCCUAACCCAACAAUUCCGACAGAACGUCCGCGAUCACCCAGACACGCUCGCGCUGGUCGGUCCCCACCAGCCCGCGAGCCUCUAUACCGUCCAAGAUGAAGCGUCUUCGACGACAACGCCACAAAAGCCCAGUGCAGAGGGCUUGCGCUGGACCUACGCGCAACUCGACGAGAAGAUCGAGCGAUUCGCGACGAAUCUCCGACGCCGCGGGGUCGGGAGGGGGUCGCUGAUGGUGCUGUUUGCGACGAAUACAGCGGAAUACGUGGUCGCGACGUGGGCGGCGUACCGGAUUGGGUGCGUGCAUGUGCCGUUGAGUCCGAAGUGUCUGGGGCAUGAGAGGGAGGCGGUGCAUAUGCUUGCUACGGCGGUGGGGGCGUGUCAGCCCGAUUCGGUGGUGGUUGUUGCUGCUGCGGCUGCUGGGUUGGAGCGGGUUGCGGAAUUGGUUCGGGGGUUGCAGCUGCAGGUCGAGUGCUGCUUGGUUGCGAUAUCGGCGGGAGAGGUAGGGGUUAGGGAUGGGUGGGUUGGCUUUGAGGAGCUGAUGCAUUUCACGAAGCCAGGUGGGAAGGAUCCACACCAGCAACAGCAGGAAUCAUCCAUCUUCUUCACGAGCGGCACCACCUCCCUGCCCAAAGGCUGCUUCGUGCAGCCAUCUGCCGUCCCCACGACGGUCGCCCGCGCCUGGCGAGCGAGCCCCAACCGGCCCAUGCUCCCCGGCGAUCGCGUCGCCGUCGUGCUGCCCAACAACCACGCCUUCGGGUAUAUGUUCCUCAUGGCUGCGUUCCUCAAUGCCGCCACCGUCGUCUUCCCAGGCGAAGCGUUCGCCCCGGAGCGACUGAUCGAGACGAUCCGCCAGGAACGUUGUACGCACACCGCGCUGGUGCCCACCAUGCUGCAUGCUCUGAGUGGCGUGGCGGUCACGCCGGCACAGAAGCUGCAUUCCCUGAAACGGGUGGUCCUGGCCGGAGCGCCGCCGACGGAGGAGGUGCUCCGCAUCUGUCUGAGCCAUCUCGGGGCGCAAGCAGUGGAGAACUUCUACGGCAUGACCGAGGGAAUUGUCGUGUCGACGGACGCGGCGGAGAGCGUCGACGAGGUGAUUUCGGGCCGCGAUGUCUCGAUUGGGCGGCCGUUGCCCGGCGCGAGGGUGCGUGUCUGUGCCAAAGGCGGACGAGUCCCUGUCGCGAUGGGAGACGUUGGGGAAGUGCAUUUCUCCGGGCCCAGUUUGAUAGAUGGGUAUAUUGGGAACAGAGACGAUGAGAAGUUCUACACCGGCGAGGACGGCCGGCGGUGGUUCUGCACGGGGGACAAAGCGGUCGUCGGGGAGGAUGGGCGGCUGUAUCUGGUGGGAAGGUAUAACGACACGAUCAUUCGAGGGGGUGAGAAUAUCGAGCCCGCGGCCAUUGAGGCGGUGCUGGGCAAGACGGCGGAGUUCCAUGUGCUUGAGCCACAGAUCGUCCGAGCACCGGAUCAGGUCGCUGGUGAGGUGCCUGUUGCGGUAGUGCGGACGGAUGUCGACGAGCAGAUGGCCCGCCAGCUCAAAGAUACUGUCCGCACAAAGAUGGGGGCUCUCUUUGUCCCGGCAGGGGUGAUUCCGGUGUCGGACUUAGGGCUGGAUGAUUAUCCCCGGACCCUUGCGGGCAAGGUCCAGAAGUCGAAACUGACCGAGCUGGUCGAGGCUUACUGGACAGCCCAGAAGUCUCAAGCGCGCAGUAGAUUCGGCCAGGAAACACUCGAGUCACAUCCCAACUUACAGCUCAUAGAAUCCCUGUUAGCAGCCAUUGCCUCCGCAAAGGGCGAGGAUAUCGACCCGACCAUGCGAAUGAUUGACCUCGGAAUUGACUCCAUCACCUCAAUUGCGCUGCUCAACCAGAUCCGACAGGAAACAGGCGUGUCUCUCCCAUCAUCCCUCUUCUUCACCCCCAACACCAUCGGCGAGCUCAUUGAGCGUCUACAAUCCUCCACCGACCCAUCCAGCCUUCUCGAAAUCGACUCCGCCAGCCAAGAAACACCCCGCGAAUGCUUCUCCACCCUCAUCCAAGGUACUCCCAAACCCGGCGUCCCCUCUCUGUUCAUGACCCCACCCGGCUCCGGAUACGCCUUCUCGUACGAGCCGCUCCCGAAAUUCGCCAACGACCUAGCCGUCUACGCGCUGGGCUCUCCAUUCCUCAUGAGCAAGUCCGACGCCACCUGGACAGUCGAAGAGGCCGCCGCGCUGUACGUCAAGACGAUCCGAAAACUGCAGCCCGAGGGCCCCUAUCUGCUAGGGGGCUGGUCGAUGGGCGCGAUCCUCGCCUACGAGGAGGCCUACCAGCUCCGGCAGCAGGGCCAGCAUGUCCUGGGCAUCAUCAACCUGGACAUGCCGCUGCCGCGUCCAGACCCGCACGUCCUGGAGCCCACGGUCAAGCUCCUGGAGAUCGUCGGCUUCUACCCAGCGAUCCGACGCGCCGGCAAGCCCGACAUGGAGAUUCCAUCGUACCGGCGACAGCACAGUCUGGCCUCGGUCCGGGCGAAACUGAAAUACUCGCCCCGCCCGAUGCGCACGGCCAGCGAGGAUUCCACUCCGGUCCGGAUCUUCGUGAUCUGGGCGGGCCACGGUGAUCCCGAUCGACUGCCCACCGUACUGGUGGAGGCAGACGAGAUACUGCGGCGGUGUGGCCCCGAGACGCAGGCGCGCACCAGCCAGGAAUGGCUGCAGACGCCGCGGGAGUCGAUGGGCCCCGGGGGUUGGGCGGAGAUGGUCGGGGAGGAGAACGUCGAGUGUCAUGUCAUCGACCAUGCGCAUCACGAUACGCUGAUGGAUCCGGAGGUGGUAAGUUGCGCUUUUGUUUUUGUUUUCAGUGUGAUCUCUAAUGACAUGCGCAGGUGGAAUACACGGCGAGACUGA